CCACCCCGACGAUCUCGACGGCAAGGAUCCAACAGCCUGGCGAACUGCGCCGUGCGGCGAAGAUCGACACGGAGCACUCACUAUAUCUUUGACGCCAUCCUCCAGCGCUUCUCGAGUCAAGUCAGACCCUCAUAAUCUAUCACUAUCACGUCUAUCAAUCAAGCUCCUCACGACCACUUCCGUUCCUACAGAAGCGCAUCAAAACCGCGGCACAAACAAUAAUACACCAUCCACCAGAGAUGCAACUCCUCGCCUCCCUCGCUUUCCUACCUCUCCUCGGCCUCACAUCAACGGCCACCCCGGUUCCGGGCACCAAGCGGGCGGAGGACACCAAGACCCCGGCAGGCUGCACCGACUUGUCGUUUGGGGGUAACUUUGCCUGGACGGCCAAGGCCUUUGACUUCCACGCGUCCUACAUCUUCAGCACCCCGUCCCACCAGAACUCGUGGGGCUACGUCUCGUUCGACCUGGUCAACCCGGCGGACCAGACCACGACCCACUGCGAGGCGAGCAGCAACCAGCUUAGCGACUUCUUCUACGGCAACUUCCAGUACAAGUGCAACGACACGGAGCGGCUCGGCAAGACCACGUUCGACUUCAACCGGCCGGCCAACCUGCUGCGCGUCAACCAGACAUGGAGGUGCGACGAUAAGGACCCUCAGUGGCCCAUCACCUUCACCGGCCGCGGGCAGGUCGCCUUCAACCUGACGUGCACCGAGGAGAAAUACGAGAACCCGGAUUGGCAGAUGGGCGAGAUCUACUCGAGCCGGACCAUCACCUGCGGCAAGGUCAACCGCACCUUCAAGCCGACUGACAUUGACGCUAUUGCGUGAGAGACGGCUAGUCAGAGUUAGUAUUACGGCGACACGAUUUCUGACUUGCGUACCUUGAUUAUGCUUGAAAAGAAAUAAUGGUAAUACCUAUGCGUAAGGCGUUGCCAUCGCCUGGGUUUAAUCACACAAUCGUCUAUUAGGAGAGCAGGGGCUAGCUUAAUGGCAAUAGUCAUGUAUGAUAUAAACAGAUAGAUACAACGACUACAUAGAUCGACCGAUUGUGCUUUUUUACGGACGGAAAAAAAAAAAAAAAAAACACAGC